CUUCGCAUUUCCUAGCAUCUUUCCAGGGUCAAUGAAUCUGCCAUGGCGCACAUACAGCGACCCCUGAUUAUCCAAUCGCAUAUCAUUCGAGCAUGUUGUCCACCAACAGCGCGCAGGUCGCUGCUGUCCAGGGGGAAGAUUCAUCGCUUGCACACAAGGACGGUCACCGAUCAUGACAUUUCGCGCCUCGCUAGUCUGCCCAUCUACCCAUUGACCCUCAGUGACCUCGUAAAACACGGCAGGCCUCCUCUGGCAACCCAACAAUUACUCACCUCUGCCAAUUUCACGCUCUCGAUUCUACCCGCACGACUUGCGCAUCGUAUACAGUCGCUUCGAAACCUGCCCUUCAUCGUCGUCUCGAAUCCUCACGUAUCGAAGAUCCACGCCAAUUACAUACACAGCCUCUCCACGCUGCUGCCAUGGGCAGAGCACGAGAUAACGUCGUUGGAAGACGAGAUCAAGUUUACCGAAGUCAUGGCUGAUCUUGUGCAAACACACUCGAAUACCAUCAGCAUACUGGCGAGAGGCUUCUUGGAGGCCCGAAAGUACAUCAGCCCGCAGGAUGUGACACGGUUCCUGGACGAACACCUGCGUGCGCGCAUUGGCACGCGACUGAUCGCCGAACAGCAUCUAUCGCUGCACUUCUCGAGCCAGCCACAUGCUGAGAUCAUGCACGAGUCUGACGAGACCCCUGGCUUCAUCGGCGUCAUUGACACCAAGCUGAAGCCCGCAAGGAUUGUCGAUCACUGCGCAAACGUCGUGGGCGAGAUCUGCGAGCUCAAGUACGGCGUGCGACCCAGCGUCGUUAUCAACGGCGAGCCAGAUUACACCUUUGCCCACGUCCCCUCGCAUCUUGAGUACAUAAUGACUGAGCUGCUCAAGAAUGCUUUCCGUGCGACCGUCGAGAACGGUAAGGAGCGCGAGCCAAUUGAAGUCACGAUCGCGCCGAAAGACCUGCAAGGCGAUAUCAGCAGCGGAGGUCAACACAACACAUUCGAAUCAACCUUGCGUAAUGUAAAUCAGGGCAGCACCGAUAUCGCGUCGGGCAGCUUUACAGGUGCUUCGACGUCCAAGCCCGACGCUCAGAUACUGCCACUCAAGCACAGCACCCCCGGCGUGACGAUCCGCAUCCGCGACCGUGGCGGUGGCAUCUCGCCCGAGAAUUUGGCACACAUCUGGGACUACAGCUUCACGACCUUCAACGAGCAACAGGCGUCCUCCACGCUCUCAGGAGGCGGCUCGGGCAGCGGUAUGGACGCGCUGAAUGCCAUGACGGGCCCUGGAGGGGACGGAGCACACAGUCUGGCGGGACUAGGUUAUGGACUACCGCUGGGCAGGGCAUAUGCGGAGUAUUUUGGCGGAGGGAUCGAGGUGAAGAGCCUGUGGGGGUGGGGCACUGACGUGUACCUGAAGUUAAGAGGCGUGGGAAAAGUGGAUCAAGAGCGAGAAUAA